AUGGACGUCGUCGCGGCCGCCUCGGGGUACAUCUCCAAGAUGGUUACCGUGGGCGAGUCGGUAGGAGCUUCGUCAUCGAAGAUGAAGAUCCUCCUUCUUGAUAGCGAGACAGUUGCUAUCGUCUCAACCGCCAUGACCCAGUCCGCCCUCCUUAAUCACGAGGUUUACCUCAUCGACCGCCUCGACAAUAGCGCGCGCGAGAGAAUGCGACAUCUGCGAUGCCUGUGCUUUGUGCGCCCAUCACCGACUUCUAUCCAGUUCUUGAUCGACGAGCUUCGGGACCCUAAAUACGGCGAAUACUACAUUUACCUCAGCAACAUCAUCCGCAAAUCCUCCCUGGAGCGACUAGCGGAAGCGGACAGUCACGAGGUCGUCCAGUCGGUACAGGAACAAUUCGCCGACUUUCUCGUCAUAAACCCGGAUCUCUGCUCUUUGGGGUUGGGCUUCCCCUUGCAAAAGAUAUGGAGCAAUUCGCCGGAUUUGUGGAACCCGGAUUCACUACAAAGAGCCACGGAGGGUGUGCUGGCGCUGCUUCUCGCGCUAAAGAAGAACCCCCUCAUUCGCUAUGAGAAGAACAGUCUAUUAGCACGGAAAUUGGCGACCGAGGUCCGAUAUCACAUCACGCAGGAGGAGCAGCUGUUUAAUUUCCGCCGGACGGAUACACCGCCUAUCUUGCUGGUUCUCGACCGUCGCGAUGAUCCUAUCACUCCUCUGCUCACGCAGUGGACGUACCAGGCGAUGGUGCAUGAAAUGCUCGGCAUCAAUAAUGGCCGUGUAGAUCUACAGGAUGUGCCGGAGAUUCGACCGGAGUUGAAGGAGAUUAUCCUGGCUCAGGAUCAGGAUCCGUUCUUCAAGAAGAACAUGUACCAGAACUUCGGCGACUUGGGCCAGAACAUCAAAGAAUAUGUGGAGCAGUACCAGACCAAAACGCAAAGCACGGCGAAUAUUGAGUCCAUUGCGGAUAUGAAACGGUUUGUGGAAGAUUAUCCUGAGUUCCGCAAGCUUGCGGGCAAUGUGAGCAAACACGUCACCCUGGUGGGCGAACUCAGUCGGCGCGUUGGCGAGGAUAACCUCCUCGACGUGAGUGAGUUGGAGCAGAGCUUGGCAUGCAAUGAUAACCACUCCAAUGAUCUUCGUUCACUACAACGGAUUAUCCCAUUGCCAACGGUUCCCGCCGAGAAUAAGCUGCGUCUGGUAGCUCUCUACGCCCUGCGCUACGAGAAGCAGGCCAACAAUGCACUGCCGAUUCUUCUCGAUCUCCUCGUCACAGCAGGCGAAGUCCCAUCCCACCGCGUGAACAUCAUCCCCAAGCUCCUCACCUACCACCACUCCCUCCAAGCGCCCCCAGUGGCAGGCGGCUUCACCGACCUAUUCGAAUCAACCUCCUUCUUCUCCGGCGCAAGAGACCGCUUCAAGGGCCUCAAAGGUGUCGAAAACGUCUACACACAGCAUUCUCCCCGACUGGAGGUGACUAUCCAAAAUCUCAUCAAAGGCCGCCUAAAGGAGCUGCAGUAUCCGUUCCUCGAGGGUAGUGGACACACGCGGGACAAGCCGCAGGACAUCAUAAUUUUCAUGGUUGGCGGCACCACGUACGAAGAGGCCAAGAUGGUGGCGCAGGUCAAUGCCAGCUCCCCGGGUAUUCGAGUUGUGCUUGGUGGCACCUCGAUUCAUAACAGUACAACAUUCUUGGAAGAGGUUGACGAUGCAGUGGGCAGCUGGCCCGAACCCGGACCCUCAACGGCUGCAGGACGGCUACGACGGGAAAUCUUCGGCGCAACCGGCCACAUGGGCCGCUCCAUCGUGAAAACCGCCCUAGCAAACAACGACCUCGUCGCCGCAGUCGGCCGCACCUACGAAAACACGCCCGCAGCAAUGAAAGAGCUCGAAUCCACCAGCUGCAUCGGGCUACUCUGCGACGUACGCGCACGUGAAACCGUCAAACGCGCCAUCGACGACACAAUCGCCCGCUUCGGCCGCAUAGACGUAAUAGCCAAUUGCUCCGGGUACGGCGUAAUCGGGGCCUGCGAAGACCAAGACGAGUACGACAUCCGCAACCAAUUCGAAACAAACUUCACCGGAACACUGAACAUGAUCCAGCUGUCUCUGCCGCAUUUCCGGCAGCGGCGCGCGGGUCGAUAUCUGAUUUUCAGCUCGACGUCUGGUGCUCUAGGUGUUCCGGGACUCGGGCCUUACUGUGCGUCUAAGUAUGCGGUUGAGGGACUCAUGGAGAGUAUGCUUUACGAGGUUGAUAGUUUUAAUAUUAAGGGGACGCUCGUUGAACCAGGUCAUAUGCGCAGGGAUGAUGUUGGGGAUUUGGUUUCGUCGGGUUUGGACGAUAGGCAUACUGAGCAUCAUCUUUCGGCGCCGUUGCCGCUUUAUGGGCAUUUUUUGGUUAAGAAGCCCAGUGAGCCGUAUAAUACUUCGACCUCGCCGGCGGCCCAUGCGAGACGGAUGCUUAUGUGGUUGGGGGAUAAGCAGCCGGCUAGUGCGGUUAAGGCGGCGCAUUUGGUUUGGGAGUUGGGGCAUUGUGCUUAUCCGCCGUUGAGGUUGAUUUUGGGGACUUAUGCGGUCGAGAGUAUUAGGGAUCGCUUGAAGUGUAUUAUUGAGGAGAUUGAGGAUUGGAAGUAUCUUAGCUUUCCGACGGGGGAGAUGCAGCCUGCUCGUGAGAAGUCUUCUGUUCCUGAGGAGGGUGGGGAGGGGAGGGGUGAGAGAGGGAAUGGGUGA